CGGGGACCGGGGCGGAGGCUCCGGGGGGACCAUGCCCGGAGGUCGGCCGGCCGCAGCAUGGCUCACGGGCCCGGAGCGCUGAUGCUCAAAUGCGUGGUGGUCGGCGACGGGGCGGUGGGCAAGACGUGCCUGCUCAUGAGCUAUGCCAACGACGCCUUCCCCGAGGAGUACGUGCCCACCGUCUUCGACCACUACGCAGUCAGCGUCACCGUAGGGGGCAAGCAGUACCUCCUGGGACUCUAUGACACAGCCGGACAGGAAGACUAUGAUCGUCUGAGGCCUUUGUCUUAUCCCAUGACUGACGUCUUCCUCAUCUGCUUCUCUGUGGUAAAUCCAGCCUCAUUUCAGAAUGUGAAAGAGGAGUGGGUACCAGAACUUAAGGAAUAUGCACCGAAUGUUCCCUUUUUAUUAAUAGGAACUCAGAUUGAUCUCCGAGAUGACCCCAAAACUUUAGCAAGACUGAAUGAUAUGAAAGAAAAACCUAUAUGUGUGGAACAAGGACAGAAGCUAGCAAAAGAGAUAGGCGCAUGCUGCUAUGUGGAAUGUUCAGCUUUAACCCAGAAGGGAUUGAAGACUGUUUUUGAUGAGGCUAUCAUAGCCAUUUUAACUCCAAAGAAACACACGGUGAAAAAAAGAAUAGGAUCAAGAUGUAUAAACUGUUGUUUGAUUACGUGAGAAACAUCUUCCGUGGCCAAGGAAACUGACAAUUUUUUCCCCCUUAGAAAGCAUUUGAGAUGCUCCACCUGUGCCCAGACCUCUUACAAUGAAGCAGUUUAAAAUUCAAGAGGCAGAGGGCACCUGUCCUCAACAUUCUAUAAAGUUCAUUAAGAAUGUUUCUUAGCAACAAACAGCAUCUGAAGCCACAAUCUACUAUAAAUACUUUAUUUCAACUAGAAGGUACAAUCUCUCAGGGGCUUCAUAGCUUUAGAAGCUACAAUCACAUUAUGUUGAAACAACUUUAAAAACCAGUGCUGAACUGGAAUGCUUGGCUUGGACCACACACACGUCUCUGCACAGCCCUAUGGAAUCCGCACAAAGAAAUAGCGCCUCCUUUUUGCUCCUCUUAAUUGUUCUUGUAUGUAAGUUGCUUUCUAUUCCGGUAUAUCCAGAGGGGUGAAAUGACCAGGCCGGCCACGUAGCCGAAGGUGGCUCCGAGGGUACAGGAGAUGGGCCACACCUGAGGGCACAAUGUAGGAGAUCAAGACAGACAGACGUUUUGUUAUGACUUGAGCACAAAUUAAAGCGUAACCUAAGUAUUUCUAUAGUAAAGCUUAACGUGCUUUUCUUAAAAGAAUGCCAAAAGUAUAAUAGGUCAUAACUGCAUUGAUCAUGAACACUAAAAAUGUACACACUUUAGUUAACGUGCAUUAAAUUGUAACGAGGCUUCUGGCAACUGUAGAUUUAGUUUGGGAUCCCCAAGCUGCAUGAGAUACAUGCUGAAAUUAAAAAUCAAAAUUUUACAUCAGAGUUGGCCACAAUCCUGGACUCAAAUGAGCCCUCUGAAUUAGAUGGUCAUUUUUUUUUAAAUUUCCACAUUGACUGUACACAUAAAAAAAUCAAAAAAUGUGUAUGCUAACCAAACCUUAGGAAACUACUUAAAUUGUGUCAAGAAGGAAAGACCUAACAUCUUGGCAGGACACGUGGAAUUUUUCAGAGUAACUGCUUCCAUACAUAAAACUGAGGUCCCCUUUCAGAUACAGGUACGGUGACCGAGGCAGAAGUCACAGACCCACAACGUGUGUCCAUUCCUAGAGUGUGCAUCAGACAAACCCUGCUGGCUCCCAAACACCCACUUUCCCCAGCCGUCUUCCAUCGUACCACGUUAGACUAAGCCGGAAGUAAAUAAUGCUGAUUUAUUUAACACCCAGGUGGUAUGUGUUGGCCCCUAGGCUAAGGCUCUGCCUAGAACACACCGGGAAACAGAUUUUCAUGUCCAUCUCAACGCUCACUUAGUACUGGAGCCAUUUCUAAGUCUUUCUCUGGGGAACAGGCCAUGGAAGUGGAGGUUAACCACGAUAAGAACUGGCUCUGUUACCUAACUGGCUUCUUUCAUUGGUCUGCUAUGGAUCUGCCUUAUUCCAAAUGCCAUGCAACAGACAGCAGUGCUAGACAGAGGUGUGCCAUGAGCUACCUGUUGCAGUUGAGAGAAGCAAAAUCGAAUCCGUAAUUCGUUCCCAGUCUUUCUUACAUUGAAAUUUGCCGUUGCCUGGAUGACUGCUGCUCCUGUCUUUGGUAGGCUUCUGUUCAUUACCUUGAUUUGCACUUAGAGCUCUGUCUGCUGCACAGAUUGGGUAACGGAACACUAAACAUUUAUACUUGAAAACGUCAGCCUUAAAUGUUCAGAUCAGUCACACAGCUAGGAUGUACGAUCUGGCCUGCGAGCUUUGUAGAGGUUUUGAAAAGAUGAGCAACAUCUCCCAUUGAAGAGUGGGGAGUCCUGGACAGGAGCCGUGUUCUCUGAACUGACGCUGGAUGGCCUUACGUAUGCUCAAAAGGAACAUCUCUAACUCCCUUGUUUGGAUCUAUUUUUAGAUAGACUUGAAGGAAAUUGUGAACAUCAACUGAUAUAUUAGCUAAGUUGUCCAACCGUGUAAGGGAAUUAAGACAGUAAAACAAUUACUCUUUUCCAAGUUGCCUUUGGAGAUUUGAUGGGGAUUUUUUUUUUUUCUUUCAAAUUUUCAUCGGUGAAACCCUUCACACUUUGUUUAUUAGACAGUGUAAGUUAAAAAUCUAGAGUUGUCCUGUCCUGAGAGAAAAAUGGGUUAGGAAUCUGGAUAUGUUACACUGGUAUCAUCCUGUGUCUUCCCUGGGCCUCAGUUUCCCCACACCAUCACGGGAGCGAGAACAGAUAUUCCCAGAGCCUCUCCCGUCAUGCGCUCUUAUUGCUCUCCCCUUUUCCCAGUAGUCACUGUUGACGUCGCCUUUUCAGCUUCGCUGUCACCGCAUGGUAAGGGUCGUGUAAGCAGGCUGUCAGAACGCUGAGCGAGGACGACUGCGUCAUCUGAGCCUCAGGUGCCUUAGAUGCUCUAUUGACCUUGAUGGGGCUUGGAGUUUCCCAUCGCUUAUCAAGAGCUCUGUAAUUGUGUUCGUUACUUAGUAGUUCUUUUUGCAAAAUCUUAUUUGCCAUUUUAACUAAAAACCAAAGAUUUGUUUUCUAUUCAUGAGCAGAUUGUAGAAAAGCUGCCUUAUUUUUCAGAAGCAUAUCUUCAUCAAAGGCUUAAGGUUUUAAGAGAAAUUUAAGACAACUCUAUGGAAUGAUUAUUUCAAACUAGUGAGGGAAAUACAAUACUUCAGAAAAUUUAAUUAGCAUGAUUUGUGUUAGUGAAUUCACAUACAUUGCUUCAAAUACGGUCAUGUAUGGAAGAAUGUAGAAAAUAUUUAUAGUUAAUCAGUUUUUUUUGUGUGUGUGUAAGAGAAUUAGUUCUAAAGUCCUUACAAGUAAUUUUAGGGGCUCCUCGAAACCUUACUUGGCAUUUUGCUAAUGUAUGCCCUUAUUCUAUCUUUACGGAAGCAUUUUAGCUUCCCAGUGUUGACUUAUCAUGUUUCCAAUAAGCGGAGCUUGCGUUCAUGGUAUUUGUUAUGAAUUACCUUAGUUACUUUAGACACUGCCUCUAUUUGAUUUUCAGUUACUUAUUUUAAAUACCAAAUUAAAUACUGCUUUGUUGGUUGUUGCUUUUUAAACGAUUGUUAUUUUAACAGUGUCCCUUCUUAACUCAUGGGGUACCAAUAAAAUGAGUUGCAUAGUUUA